AUGGCUGAAACACUCAGGCAAUUUGCUAAGGAUGGAUUGGUCAACAUUGUUGGUGGAUGCUGUGGGACUACUCCAAAACAUAUAUCAGCCAUUGCCAAAGCCAUUAAGGGUGUGCCACCCCGACAACCUCCUCCGGACCCAAAUGCUGGGAACAUGCUCCUGUCAGGCCUGGAAGCAAUGACUGUGGGGCCGUACACUAACUUCAUCAAUAUUGGAGAACGAUGCAAUGUGGCUGGUUCGAGGCGGUUCUGCAAUCUCAUCAAGAAUGGGAACUACGAGGCUGCCAUUGAUGUCGCUCGAGUUCAAGUAGAAAAUGGUGCUCAAGUGUUGGAUAUUAAUAUGGACGAAGGUCUUCUUGAUGGACCUUAUGUGAUGAGCAAAUUCCUUCGUCUUUUAGCCACUGAACCGGAUGUUGCUAAGGUACCUGUUUGCAUCGACUCAUCAGACUUUGCUGUAAUUGUAGCUGGCUUAGAAUCAACCCAAGGAAAAUGUAUUGUGAAUUCAAUUUCCCUUAAAGAGGGCGAAGAAACCUUCAAAGAGCGAGCUCGUCUGGUGAAAAGGUAUGGAGCCGCAGUGGUGGUAAUGGCUUUCGAUGAAGAAGGUCAAGCAACUGAUACGCAAAGGAAGUAUGAUAUUUGUGAGAGGAGCUAUAGAAUUCUAACGGAGGAAGUUGGCUUCGAUCCUUGUGAUAUUAUCUUUGACCCGAAUAUUCUUACUAUUGCUACCGGUAUGGAAGAACAUGCCAAUUAUGGGGUAUACUUCAUAGAUGCUACGAGGAUGAUCAAGGAGAAUCUAUUAGGAUGCCAUGUCUCAGGUGGUGUGUCCAAUCUGUCAUUUUCUUUCCGAGGAAUGGAGGCCGUACGUGAAGCUAUGCACUCUGUAUUUCUCUACUAUGCCAUAAAAGCUGGUAUGGAUAUGGGAAUAGUUAAUGCUGGUGCACUGCCAGUUUAUGAAGAUAUUCCAAAGGAUCUUCUAAUCUUGAUCGAAGACCUUCUGUUCAACCGAGAUCCCGAUGCCACGGAGAAAAUGCUUGCUGUAGCGCAAAAUAUGAAAAAAGGUGGAAAGAAAGCCGAAAAGACGGAAGAAUGGCGCAGCCUCAGUGUGGAAGAACGUUUGAAAUAUGCGCUGUUCAAGGGCAUCGAUAGCCAUGUUGUGGAGGAUACCGAGGAAGCACGCUGUAUGACAGAUAAAUACCCUAGACCAUUGAAUGUCAUAGAAAGGCCACUUAUGGAUGGGAUGACUGUGGUUGGCGAAUUGUUUGGUUCGGGCAAAAUGUUUUUACCUCAGGUGAUAAAAUCGGCUCGAGUGAUGAAAAAGGCAGUGGCACAUCUCAUUCCUUUCAUGGAUAAGGAACGAGAGGAAAAUAUCAAGAAAAUGGGAAUAAAAAGUGAUGAGAGCCCCUAUCAAGGUACCGUAGUCAUUGCUACGGUAAAAGGUGACGUCCAUGACAUUGGAAAAAAUAUCGUGGCUGUAGUACUAGGAUGCAACAAUUUCAAGGUCAUAGAUUUGGGCGUUAUGACGCCUUGUGAGACCAUAAUCAAAACUGCGAUUGAGGAGAAAGCAGACUUUGUUGGUUGUUCUGGACUGAUCACACCUUCACUGGAUGAGAUGGUCCAUGUGGCAAAGGAGAUGCAGAGAAAUGGAUUGAAAAUUCCACUGCUUAUUGGAGGUGCUACAACGUCCAAAACUCAUACAGCUGUCAAAAUUGCACCGCGUUAUAGUGGUCCCGUUAUACACUGUUUGGAUGCCAGCAAGUCCGUCGUUGUGUGUUCUGCACUCACAGACAAGACAACAAGGGAAGCAUUCCUGGCUGACAUUAUUGAGGAAUACGAAGAAGUGCGACAGGAACACUACGAAACACUCAAGGAUAGACGUUUUACUCCCAUUGAUGUCGCUCGAUCUAAGGCAUUGCGUGUUGAUUUUGAUGAAUUUCCCCCAGUAAGGCCCACAUUCAUUGGACGCAGAGAAUUUUUGGACUUUGACCUCAACAAGCUCGUCCCAUACAUCGACUGGAAACCAUUCUUUGAUGUUUGGCAACUCAGAGGGAAGUAUCCGAACCGAUCAUAUCCACGAAUUUUUAAAGAUGAGCAAGUUGGAGCUGAAGCGAAGAAAAUUCACGAUGACGCCCAGAAAUGGCUGAGCAAAAUAAUCAAAGAGAAGAAGCUCAAGGCAAAUGCUGUCAUAGGAUUUUAUGAGGCUGGUUCUCAAGGCGAUGAUAUUCAUAUUUUCGAAAAUGGCGUAAAAAUAGCAACAUUCUAUGGAUUGCGGCAACAAUGUGGACGUGAACAUGAUCAGCCACAUAUUUGCAUGAGUGAUUUCGUCAAACCUCUAAAGCUUGGCCUCCCAUUGGACUAUAUGGGUAUGUUUGCAUGCAGCGCUGGCAUUGGUGCUGAAAAGUAUUGCAAAGAACUGGAAGCUGACCAUGAUGACUAUGGAAGCAUUAUGGUCAAGGCCCUUGCUGAUCGUCUGGCUGAAGCGUUUGCCGAAUAUUUGCACCGCCUAGUUCGAAUCGACCUGUGGGGAUAUUCGAAAGACGAAGACCUGAGCCCCGCCGACUUACUGGCAGUUAAAUACCAUGGAAUAAGGCCUGCUCCUGGUUACCCAACCCAACCAGAUCAUACUGAGAAGAAGACGCUUUGGAAUGUGCUUAAGGCAGACUAUUGUGGAUUGCAAUUAACUGAGCAUCUUGCUAUGCUUCCAGCUGCCUCUGUCAGCGGAUUGUACUUUGCCAGUCCAGCUAGCACCUACUUCGCCGUGGGAAAGAUUGACAAGGACCAGGUGGAAGACUAUGCGGCACGAAAAAAUAUGACUCUAAAAGAGAUGGAACAAUGGUUGUCAACUACGUUAGGCUAUAAUAUGGAAGAUCAAUAG